UACGGUCUUCGCUAUCAUUCUGUAUUCCGAAAACGCAGACGACAGAUAUCGCAUAAGCUAAGGCUGCAUAAUAAGUCUAUAAGUUGCGUACCUGUGAAAAGAAAUUGGUGCACGUUGUUUACAUAAUGGCAGACGUGGAACUAUCCUCCGAUGAAUAUCCGGGAUUUACAGGUGUUGAAUGCCCGGAACCAUUUAUUACAAUGCCACCACAACCCAAAGUUCAAAAGCCAGGCCAAUUAACGCCAGAAAAAGUACAGGAGUAUUUUAACCAGGGAUUUACAGUGGCGGAUGGAUUCUUUACGCCAGAAAAAAUAGAGCCAUGCAAGCAAUCGUAUUCCCGUCUAAUAGGUGAAAUCGCGCAGAAACUUUACGAUGCUGGGAAAAUUAAAAACUUAUACGAAGGAUACAACAUGAGUGAUCGCCUCAUCAAACUGGAACAGGAGUGGCCGGGGGCAGUGGUCAUGUUGCUAAAACUGGGUCAGCUCACACCGGAAUUCGCCGCACUUUAUCAGCACGAGCGGCUUCUCAACGCCAUAGAGCAGCUAGUGGGACCGGAAAUAGGGGCCAGCCCAGUGUGGAACACCCGUCCUAAGACCCCUAACCACGCCGAAACAGAAGUCCCUUGGCAUCAAGACUCGGCGUACUUCGACAAGGACAGCUACCGGAUGUUGAUCGCCACGGCUUGGAUCGCGUUUGUUGACAUCACUCGUGAUAAUGGCUGUAUGCAGUUUGUAAGAGGUGGUCAUAGAAAAGGAAUGGUUUGCGUCCACGAAUGUUGUGACAACUUCUACCUAAUGAUCAAAGAUGAAGAGCUGCAGAAUAGGCUAGGUGCGAACCCCGAUACUGACUUCAUUUCGUGUCCGGUGAAAGCGGGCGGCAUCGUCUUCUUCAACAAUAUGACGCCACAUCGCAGUCUACCCAACCGGUCUGAUCACAUCCGGUUCGCAAUGGAUCUGCGGUAUCAGGACGCGAACAAACCCUGGGGCUUUUACGGUAUGAGCAAGGGAAUCCUUCUCCGCUCGCCGUCACAUCCGGGUCACGUGCCUGAUUGGGACUUUUACUGCAAUCAGAACCGUUACUCGGAGAUCGAGAAACGUUCGGGUGACCUUUCGGACGGGUUGAACACGUUCCUGACCGGCCCACACAUGGAGAUGUGGAAGAUUGUAAAGGCGAGUCGCCACACGGAGCAGUACUUUAAAGAGAAACGUGAAAAGGAAGCGCAGAAAUGAUAAGUGUUCCGAAUAACGAAAUGCUAGUUGCUCUUGUUCUAAAAUGAAAUAGUAUAAAUGUUUUAUGCUAUCGUAUAUCACUGCAGUAACUUCAUGAGCAUGUAACAAUGAUCGUUUGUAGUUUUGUUUACAACAUGAAAUGUUUUAUACCAGAUUAUUGUUAGUGAAAAUAAUGCAUUUUAAUAAAUGUGUGCACGUAACAUGUAAUUGCUUUUUUGUUAAUCAAUUUCAAUUAAAUUAAUAUGGCAUGAUUUUUGUUAAAUUGUUAAAGCUUUACAAGUUAACUGUAUAGUAUUGUGAUUACAACACGUUACUAUUUAUAUUUGUAUAUCCGUCGCAUUAGCAAAAUCUUCAAUCGUUUUUGAUUCACCUAACUGUAACGUAACGUAUAUUCCCUUCUACAGUUUUUAGUUUGUCUAUUUAGACGGAUCUAUUUAUUUUAAAGAGAAGUCGUUUUAACGUCAAGUACCAUGUCAACAUGUAUACGUUCUGUGUGAACUGUUGAAAAAUAAAACGCCAGUCAAAUA